CUCAACCCAUAAGAAAGAUUGGCUUACUUGAGACUCAGACCAACUGACACAGAGAGAGAGGGUGGCAGAGCAGACAUGGGAAGGGCUCCUUGUUGUGACAAAGCCAACGUCAAGAAAGGUCCAUGGUCACCUGAAGAAGAUGCUAAACUCAAGGCUUAUAUUGAGCACCAUGGUACUGGUGGCAACUGGAUAGCCUUGCCCCAGAAAAUAGGCCUUAAGAGAUGCGGGAAAAGCUGUCGUCUUAGAUGGCUAAAUUAUCUUCGCCCAAACAUCAAACAUGGGGGAUUCUCAGAAGAAGAAGACAACAUCAUCUGCAGCCUUUACGUCAGUAUUGGAAGCAGGUGGUCAAUUAUAGCAGCACAGUUACCAGGGCGCACAGACAAUGAUAUAAAGAACUAUUGGAACACUAGGCUAAAGAAGAAGCUUCUUGGCAAACAAAGAAAGGAACAGCAGAUUCAAGCUCGCCGUGUCAGCAACAAUCAGCAGAAGCAAGAAGUGAAAAGAGAAACCGAGAAUUUGAUAGCAGCUUCUGAAGUCAUCAAUCAAGUCCCCUAUUGGUCUGCAGAAUAUUCUUCUUUGCCUCUCCCAGUGACUGAUGUUUGCUUUCAACACUACAGUCUGAACAAUCAAACUUCUCUCAGAAACUUGAUGGUUAACAAACUAGAGGGAAUUAGAUUUUCCAACGAUCAUCAUCAGCAGCAGCAGCAGCAGCCAUACACCAAUGCAUGUGAAAUUCCCUCCCUGCCAAACCAGGUUUUUCCAACCAUGGUAAAUCAUGUGGCCGUCGUGAGUGAUGAAAACAAUAGCGUCCCUUAUCAGCCAUCAAAUAUAUUUCAAGGGUUUGAAAACUUCCCGAGUGAUUUUUGCGAACUGGUCUGCGUGAACUCGCAAGAAAUGGAUCGGUCAAUGGAGGGUUUUAACUACGGAAGGGAAUCCAUGGACGUCAUGAGCAAUGGUGGUAGCACCAACACAACUUCAACAGAAAGCACUAGUUGGGGUGACAUGAACUCUUUGGUCUACUCACCUUUGGUUUCUGACUACGAAGGUUGCCGACAGGGAAAUCCUGGAGAUGUUGUUGGUUUCGAAGAGUGUAACUACUUUGGAAUGCAGAUGCAAUAACAGCUCUGAAUACGAGGUGGUGUAGACGUAAACUUGUACCACUAAAAAAGAAUUGGUAUUGGCCAAAACCCUAAUGAGUUCAGUUUAAUUCGCUUACAUAAUUUGUUGGUUUCGUAGUUUCUUGUUUCAUUCAAACUGUUGCGAACAUCUUCCACAUGUUUAUACAUAUUGAGCACAACUCUUUUGUUGAGGAUUUAUUUUCUAUAUAUCUAUAACCUUAUGUAUAUGGAUGGUACAGAAGGAAAGAAUCUUAGUAAUAGUGCGAGAGCCUUGAAUUCCUAUAAUGUGUCAGUUUUGUACUGCAGCUGGAUCAAGUGCAGUUUGUUUGGAUACGUGCAUAUGUUUAUACCACAAGAUGCAGUUUAAUUAUGAUUUUCAUUUAUGGUGAUGUACUUGG